AUGAGAAAAAAUUUAGACAUUUCAGAUGUUUUUCCUGCUCAAAAGAAGAGAAAAUUUUCUAAUAAUUUUUGUCAACACCCACAAUAUAUAGUACAAAAUCGUAAUUUAAUAAGAGCAAUUCUUUCUUGUACACUUCCUCUGUCAAUUGUUAAUAAUAGUGACUUUAGAAAAUUUUGUAGUUCGCUUGAUUCAAGAUUUAAACUUUCUAGUAGUGAUUUCAUAAGAACUUCAAUUCUCAACUCAUAUGACCAAACCAACAAACUCAUUCAAAAUGAAAUCAUAGAAACUGCAGAGUUUGUGGCACUUACUUUAGAUUUUUGGACAUCUUACUCUUAUUUUGGAAUAACUUGUCAUUGGCUUAUGCAUGAUUUUAAGUUAAUUGAAAUUGUUCUUGAUGUGUCGAAAUUUUCUGAAGAACACGCUGCAGCUGAAAUUUUUGAAAAACUUCAAUUUCAAUUGUCUAAAUUCAAAAUUGCACAUGAAAAUAUUGUUAGUAUUACUAUUGAAAAUGAAGACAGUAAUAAUGUAAAAGCAGCUUUAUCACAAUUGCAAAUUGAAAUUAUUCCAUGUUUAGCAAAUAUUUUACGAAUUAGCAUUGAUUCUGGGCUUUCUUAUGCUAAUAACAUUAUAAACAAAUCAAAAAAAUUAAUUGAACUUUUAAAUAAUGAUACGAAUCGCCAAAAAUUAAGAGAUCUUCAACCGCAUCCAAAUCUUGUAGAUAUAGAAAAUGAUUGGAAUUCAGUAUAUCAAGCUAUUCAUAAUUUAAUAAUAUUGCAACCUUCAAUUUUAUACCUUAGUGGAGAAGAUAAAAAAUUAAAAGAAAAUAUGCUUUCUGAGGAUGAAUUUGAUAUAUGUAAAGAACUUGACGUUGUUUUAACGCUAUUCUAUGAAUUAACUGAAAUGUUAAAACAUUCAAAAUAUCCUGCAUUGAGUUUCAUGACUCCAGCAAUCGAAAAUAUUAAGCAGCGUCUUAGUAUUUAUCAACCAAAAAACAAUGUAGUUCAGCAAGUAAAAGUAACUAUAUUAGACAAUCUUAAAAAAAAUUUUGAUGCACCCUUAAUUCUUGGAUUAUAUAGUUCUUUUUUUGAUCCUCGUUUCAAAAAGUUUUUUUAUAUUGAAAGUGAAUUGCGAUGUCAAAUUAUUAAUAAUCUUCAUGAACAAUUUACGAAACUUUUAGAACCAACGACUUCAAACCCUGAAACAAUAAAUAAGGAUUCGAAAAUGCUAUCGUUUUUUCAUAUAUUUAUUCAAGAAAAUAGACAAACAGAAUUUGACAAAUAUCUUGAAUUAUCUCAAUUGGAUAGAUAUUGUCACGCAAAAAUACGAUGUAAAUACUUAGAUUCGGCGCUAGACACAAAAUCGCUAAAGAAAAAGAAAUCGAGUAUAAUUAUGUUUUUUGAUAAUUUUACUCCAAUUGAAGAAACAAACCUACUAUCAGAAAUCAAAAGCAGUAAUGGAGUUAAUGGAAUUACUAUUUUCAUUCCGUGUGGUUAUUCUUCGGUUUUAAUUUGUAAUAAUGAGAAUGUAAAUUCCAAAAAUAUGAUUAAGGAACUGCUCUGGUUAAAUUUAAAAAUCCCAGCAUUCAUUUUAAAUACUGAAUCAGACACACCGUUAAAUGAAAAAACAGCAACAAAACCUGCAAAAUGCUUUCUGAUAUUUCGAAAUGGAAUACACCUUGAAAUUCAAAAGCAAUACCCAUGGUUAAGCAAUCAUGAAGUUUCAAAAUUAGCAGGAAUAUUGUGGAAUAUAUUAGAUUCGAAAUCAAAAGAAAAGUAUAAACAACUAGCUGAAAUUGAACAAUUGGAAAAUAAUGCCCAAGAACCUUAUUCUGAAGAGUCAAAUGAAAAUAAUGCUCAAAAACCUUAUUAUGAUGAGUCAAGUGAAAAAAAUAAUAUCAAUACGCCUUAUUCUGAAGAGUCAAGUGAAAUUCAAAAAACUUAUGCUGAAAAGAAUGAUAUUUUGGGCCUAAACACAUCAAAUCAACUUGGAUGUGAGUCAACAGAAAAUUUGGAGAAUUCUUCACUAAUAUAUGAUCAGUCAGGGAAUCCUGAUUAUUCUUCUAUGGGAAUGUCUACCUUAGAUAUACAAUCAUUAAUGAGCUUUAUAAAUGAUAAAAAAUUUAUGUGA